UUUAGUCAACCCGAUGCACCGCGAGGACACGCGCGUGUCGUGCCACGAUCAGGGUGCAUCCGUGCAAGGUUUGCUCAUAGUCUUCUUCGAGGAGUGGUAUUAUCGAUAAUAUGUGUCCGUAAAAGUGGCAUCCUUCGUUGAACGUGAAACUUUCACAAGAAACGAGAACGACAUUGCGAUUUCGUAGUGCAUUUAGCUGGUCAAAUUCGUAAUUUAUAUCUGCACUUCGUAUUCGAAUAUCGGAAGGACUCUGGCGGAAGCUGUUCUCAUUUCAGCGGGCAUUCAGCGGGUAGAGGAUACUUCAACGAAGGACAUCGGUUUUCCUCGUCGUUCUGCAUACGUAUUGCACAAAGAAACAACUCCAACAAUAUUUCACGCACAAAUAGAGCGAUUACAUAUGUACCGCGCAAAGUUACAUAAUGACCGAUAUUGAGUCCGCCCGGUGAAUCGACCAUCUGGCGAAUCAGCCUGAUUGCGGCUGCCGGUUGGGAGGAUCGUGCAAUUCCGGAAAUCCUCACCACCAAGUGAUAUUUGAUCCUCGAGUAUGGAGUACUCGUUAAAAAUAACAUUCCCCGCUGUGCGAUCGGCGGGAGAAAGAGAUAACGCGGUAACCGCGAGAAUAAUGUCUCGUUACAUCUUUGACAGUUGUGAUAACGCGGCAGCGACGCCGCUGGCGCACUCGUGACGUAAAUGCACGAGUGAUUCUAUGAAGUGUGCUUUGCCGUCUACCGUCGAAUUUAACCUUUGCAAGACGGGCGAACAAACCGUUCCAAAUAGAUCACAACAGUGAUCGUCAGUACGUUCGCGCGAGCAAAUGACCUUUCCAUCGAUGAUUGUGCGUGCUAGCUCUCCACUUGACGAGCACGUGAGUGAUCGAGGGAUUCGAGGAGUGUCGCUUUAUUGUCCAGAUAUUUUUUACAAAGCCCUUCCUCGACGAUAAUGGCAACGGGGCAAGGCGCGACCAAGGAUUGGAACAUCGCCAGGACUGGCAUCUCCUUACUGUUGAACAAUAAAACCGAGGAAGCCGAGGCUCUGUUUACCGGUCAUCCUCACAGCUUCCACGUCAAAGCCGGCAGUUGCUUUGUUCUCUUCAUGAAUGCCCUGAUGACCUACGAGCAUGACAAGCUUCAGCAAGCCAUGUUAUUGCUUAAGGACAUGGAGCGGGAAUGCGCGGGCGAUAUCGGCUGGCUGAAGUCCGUGAAAAGUAAGGUGUUCAAGGCGGAAGAAACCGGCGACUACGUGAACAAGCUGGAGCGUCAAAUCGUUCUAGCGGACUCGCAGGUGUGCUCAGCAAUAUUAACGCUCCUCCAACAAGAAUUAACCGGAUACGUGCGCGGGGGUUGGAUGCUUCGUAAGGCUUGGCGCGUUUAUCAGCACGCGUAUACACAGAUCUCGCAACUGUAUCAUCGUACCUUCGGUACAAAUCCAACCGGACUCAGCCCGUGCAAUGGCACUCCCACGAGCAAUGGAUAUCACCUGCAGAGUCCGCAAAGCCCGGGAUCUUCGGAAUGGUCGAUACCCUCUUGCAAUGGUUACGCGAACAACAUGACACCCGUUUCGUCCCCAUCAGGUCUGCGAAGCUCUCUAUCAAUGUUCUUCUCGCUCACUGGCAUCACGUCCGAACAACAGACACCCUUCGUGGAACCAACGGAGGUGUCUCGUCUAAUGUCGGCCGUGAGUUUCGGUUAUGGAAUAUACCAAUUAUGUGUGAGCCUUCUACCGCCUUCCCUGCUAAAGGUAAUUCACUUCUUGGGCUUCGAAGGCGACAGACAGGCUGGUCUCAACGCUCUCAUGUACGCACGGCUCAGCGAAGAUAUGCGCGCACCGCUCGCCACAUUAUCUCUACUUUGGUAUCACACGAUCGUACGUCCAUUCUUUGCACUCGACGGAUCCAAUGUAAAGGCGGGUGUCGCAGAGGCGAAACAGCUUAUUGCUGAGUGUCACACCGAAUUUCAUGAUUCUGCCCUCUUUCUUUUCUUCGCCGGAAGAGUGGAGCGUCUAGAGUCGAACGUCAAUGGAGCUCUUGAAGCUUACGGUAAAGCUGUCGAGACCUCGACACAGCGAGAGGUCAAAUUGCUGUGCUUGCACGAAGUGGCUUGGUGUCACAUGAUACGCUUGAGCUACGAGGAGGCGUAUCGAUCCUUGCUACAGUUGCAGCAUCAGUCCAGGUGGUCCAAGAGCUUCUACGCGUAUUUAGCUAUGGUUUGUUGCGGUGCGAAUGGCAAAUUUGACGUUCUCUUGACGACCUACGAUAAGAUGCUCCACUGGUUCCUCGAGAUGAACAGAGAGACGCAGCUUGGCGCCUUCAUCUUACGCAGAGUGCCGAAACUCAUUGAUAAGGACACUGGGAGUCCUUACACGAUUCUGUACUACAGAUUGCUGGUGUACGAAUUGCUGUACUUAUGGAACGCCAUGCCCUCCUGCUCUGCCGAGUCCCUGCGAGGAAUACUGUUGGAGUGUAAAGGAAAUCAAACCGAAGAACCAAUGGUGGGUUUAGCUGACCUCGUGGAGGGUGCAGCGUAUUCUUAUUUGGGAGACAUAGAGGCGGCCAUUAAAUGUUACCGAAAUUGUGUGAAACGACGGUGUCCGUCCAAAGACGAGUACGACCAACACGUGAGCGCGUUCGCUCUUUACGAACUAGGUAGCAGCCUUUGUAACAAUAAUAACUCCGAUGAAGGCAGAGGUUUUCUAAUAAACGCGCAAUCUCAAUACAGAGAUUACGACUUUGAAAGUCGCCUCAACGUGCGUAUACAUUCCGCCCUGAAGAACCUGGAGGUAAAGAGUAUGACAGAGAUGCGCGACGAAUUGAAGAACAAAUUGAGAGAAGUGGGUAGCGUGAUUCCAAAAAUGUCAGAAGCUAUUAUCAAGCUGCGGGACGAAGUGUCCGAGGAAAUGAGUUUGCACACGAAGAACUUGCUGAAGGCUUUAUCAUCGGACGCCGUUAAAAAUAUGGUAAGGAGCGAAUUAGAGACGUACGAUGCCGACAAGACUGGAAGAACGGAUUACGCUCUCGAGAGUUCAGGUGGUGAGAUCCUUUCGACACGUGACACCGAACUCUAUUCAACUGGCGUAUCAGUGCUCAACUUGUUCGCGCAAGGUACGCCACGCUGUCAACAACAAAAUACACCGCGAGCCGUAAUACAGACCGGUGUUUUGCCAGGUGAAUGCUGGGCCUUCAAGGGCAGCACCGGCAGUGUGGUGAUACGAUUACUCGGCUAUGUGCACAUAUCUGGAAUUAGUCUGGAACAUAUUUCCUCGAUGAUAUCCCCGACUGGCGAAACAGACACUGCGCCUAGAGAUUUCUCCGUUUGGGGUUUGGCCGACCUGGAGGAUAAGACACCUUUUUUAUUUGGCGAGUUCACGUACGACAAUGCUGGUCCUCCGUUACAGCACUUUGAGGCGCAGAAUCGAGCAGUGCAACCGUACGAAAUAAUCGAGGUGAAAGUCCAUUCGAAUAGUGGUAACCCGGAAUACACGUGCAUCUACAGAAUACGAGUGCAUGGCACGCUUGAUCGAGCACAACCAUAAAUAUACGUAUACAAGAGAUCGAACAUCGAACGCCUGACAUCCAGAAGUUCACCGUCUCUGUUGUAACGUUGAUCAGCUGCGCGAGUGUAAAUCAGGACGAUACAGGUUUCCCAUACUGCAU